AAGGCAAUUUAAAUUAUGAACAAUGGUUUAGCUCACCAAAAAGAAAAAAAAACCCCAAUACAAUAAUAUACCAUCAAAAGCUCUAGACUGGUUUGUUAUGAUACACAAACAAAACCCACCAAGCAACAUCCACCAAAACCCCCCCAUUAUCCUCCUACAAGCCAUGGGAGAGAAAGAGAAGAAGACCAGUAACAAGAACAAGAAGCAGAAACACCAGCACCCAAAUGAUCAAACCACAAAAACAGCCUCAUCAGAUUUCUCAUUCAAGCCAAGCUCUGAGGUGAAGGGUCUGCGUUUUGGAGGCCAGUUCAUUGUAAAAUCAUUCACAAUCAGGCGUGCAAGGCCUUUAGAGCUUCUGCAACUCCUCUCACUUCCACCACCAAACAAACCCAACUCCAACAAUAAGCUUCCUUUUCCUUCAACCACAGCUUUUCUUCCCACAAACUUCACAAUCUUGGCACACCAUGCCUGGCACACCCUCACAUUAGGCCUUGGCACCAAGAAAUCCAAAGUGGUUCUGUUUGUUUUCGAAACCGAAGCCAUGAAGGCUGCCGUAGACCGUGUUUGGCCACCAGAAAUUCCUCUUGGGGAAGUGAACAAGAGGCUCAUCAGAGGCCUGAAUGGCUGUGAGAUAGCAAGGUUCAAAUUCAGAAAAGGAUGCAUAACUUUUUAUGUGUAUGCUGUUAGACAAGUGGGAAGCUUGGGUUUCUCAAGUGCUGAUGAUCUCAGAACAAUUCUGCAGUCUGUUGUGGCGCUUCAAGAUUUCUUGGAUCACACUGCAAUGCUUGCCAUGCCCAACCAGAGAACCAUUAGCUAUGCAAAUGUAGCUCCUGUGGCCAUGGCUCACUAGAAAAUUUCAAAAUUUUAUUUUUUCUUUAUUUUCCAUCAACCCUAUCAUCUUCUAUUAGGCUUUUAAUUUCCUUAAUGGGGUUGACCCUUUUUUUAAAAUUUCUUUCUGUUAUUAUGAUGGGAAAAUUGGUUUAUUUGUUGAAGAUCUUGCCUCUGUUUAGUUCUCUUUAUUUUCUUUGGAAUCAAUUGUAUUUUAGUAUGAAUAAGUUGUAGUGUCCUGUCAUGUACAGUGAAUUGAGCUUCCCUAUAUGUUAAUGUCUCUGCUCACUGUAUCGCA